AGCCAUUAAAACAACUAAUCAAAAUAGUUGUUACAUUUGUCAUUAUUGUUGAAAAAAAUAAAAUUAAGAACUUUAAAGCAGACAUUAUACACUAAUUGUCAAACAUUUAUUAUUGCCAAAUAAUAAAUAAACAACAAUUGUGUUUGAGGAAGAUGGAAUGGUCUGCAAAAUCUGCAACGAAUGCAUAUCUUGAUACCCUCGAACUGUGUAAGAAACAAAAAGAGAAUUGCAACCCUUGUGAAAAUCACCACAAAGAUCUAGAGAGUAUUGAAUUCAUAUCAGCAUUGGCAGCCGGAAUGAGGGCAAAGCUAAUGGUUGAAGUCACACCCGAAGUUUCUACCUCAACCGUGGCAUUGGCCGCGGCCGCGAGGCAAACCGGCGGCAAAUUGGUCUGCAUUCUCCCAGAAGACAACAAAGAACAGAAGGAGAAGAAGGAGAAGAAUGAAUGCCAUCAAGUGAUUGAUGAUUCCGGGCUAGGUGACAUGGUCGAAUUCAGGACCGGGGACCCGGCCCAGGUGUUACCGAGUUAUGGAGACAUUGAUUUCUCUUUAGUGGAUUGCAAGAGCAACAAUAAUGAGGAGGAUUAUGGUAGGUUGUUAGGGCAGCUAGAUGAUCAUGUGAAAACCCCUAGAAGAAGGUCCAUGAAUAUUGUUGCAAACAAUUUUGUGGAAGGGUGUAGUAGGCGAGUUUUAUCGGAAGGAGGCCGGAUUUUUUCGAGAGGAGGCGUUGUUGUUGGUGAUGAUGAUGAUGAUGAUCAAGAAGGAUGUGUGAAGCAAUAUUCUACAGGGAAAGGUAUGAGUAACUAUGAGUAUUAUAACCGUAAAAGAGAGAAGAGGAAAAAUGGCGGGAUUGCUAAGAGAAAAGAUCAUGUUAAUAAUAUUAAGAGCACAUGGCUUGUCAAGAUUGAUGAGAAAACUGGUGAGGAACACAUUUUCAGGAUGAUGCCAAAAUAGGUGAAUUUUUUCAAGGAUGGUGAUCAUCAAUAAGUACAAAGAUAUACAUAUGAGAGUGAUUUUUCUGCAUGGGUUUGAGAAUCAUUAGGGUUUUUAAUUCGUACCCCUCAUAGAAGAGCUAGUGGAAGUGAUGAAGGGAAGGAGAGCAAGUGAUGAUGAUACAAAUGCCAAGAUUUGAGGAAACAAGAAAGGAUCGAGGCAACAUGCAUGAUGAAGCAGUUUUUUUUAUUGUUUUAUUUAUUUUUUUACUCUUCUCCGUGAAAUUAAGUUUAUUUGCCUUCUGGAAAAUUGUGUACCUAAUUUUGAUUGAUGAAUUCAUAGGGCUAUGUUUGAGAGUGAACCCCGCAAUGUACAUACUACGUACUACUUCAUGUCAAUUAAGA